AUGCAGAUGCAGAUGCAGAGGGUCGGGCGUGCGGCAACAAAGAGGCCGGAACAAGCGUCGAGUCCCCCUCGCAGCGAAUCAGACCAGCGGCAGAAGCUGGGCUGGGCUGAAUUGCGCCGCCGGCAGACGCAGCGCCCCUGUCUCUUGUUCGCCUCGAAGCUGCGAUUUGCAGUACAAGAUGAGUACCUGCGUCGGGACAUGACAGAUGUACCUCCAAACAGCAGGCAUGCGGAAGAACUCAAAACACCAGACAGCAAGGGAAUCCAUAACAAACAAGCUGCCGACACGCAAGGCCCCAGCCGGGACAUCCCUACCGCUCUCGAUGGAAGUAGUACAAGUGCAGGCUAG